AGCUGUGGCCCUCCGGAUCACCCCGCGCUACGAUGGCCAGCGCGGAGCCGCGGGCGCGGCGGCCCGGAGUCGGGGUAGGAGUAGUGGUGACUAGCUGCAGGCAUCCUCGUUGUGUCCUCCUGGGGAAGAGGAAAGGGUCAUUUGGAGCUGGCAGUUUCCAACUUCCUGGGGGUCACUUGGAGUUCGGUGAAAGCUGGGAAGAAUGUGCUCAAAGGGAAACCUGGGAAGAAGCAGCACUUCACCUGAAAAACGUUCGUUUUGCCUCGGUUGUGAAUUCUUUCGUUGAGAAAGAGAAUUACCAUUAUGUCACUAUAUUAAUGAAAGGAGAGGUGGAUGUGACUCAAGACUCAGAACCAAAGAAUGUAGAACCUGAAAAAAAUGAAAGUUGGGAGUGGGUUCCUUGGGAAGAAUUUCCUCCACUGGACCAGCUUUUCUGGCCACUGAGUUGUUUAAAGGAACAAGGCUACGAUCCAUUUAAAGAAGAUUUGGAUCAUCUGGUAGGAUACAAAGGAAGUCAUGUCUGGAUGAAGAGGAAGAUUCUCUGAUUUUUCAUUUUUUUUUUGACAAAAAAAAGGUCUAGAGAAUGAAAAACAUCUACUUUUCAGAACAACUCCAUUUUAUCUAAAAAGUUCCAUAUCAUCACCAGUUUAUUUUCAGAGUCUCUUAAUAUACUUACCACCCUUUCAGCCAGUAUUUGUGAAAAUUUUUCUGGGACUUUUGACAUGAGUUGUAUUCCAGACUCAGAAAAUGUGCUAAGUGGUGCUGUUGUGGUUUAUAUACUUUCCAUAGUUCUCUAUGAUAGUUACUGUGUAGCUUGUCAUUACCAGCUUGCAUGGAGUAGAAUGCAGAAUUUGCCUUAGUGUUUCAGUUCAAAUAGAGACCCUAAUUCAAAUGCUAACACUGUAUGCCUACAGUAGAAUAUAUCAGGUUUGUUGAUUUUCCUCUUCUGUUUUAUCUAAAACAAAAACUUUUUGGUACUAUAUAUUGAUAGUCCUUAAAAUAGAGUGAACAGGACAGGUUAUUAGAGGAUAUUUCUAUUUCCUAGGCUUCUGAUUGGGAACCUAAACCCAGAGAAGUGAGGCAAACCUUCUAGGAUCUGUAUUCUAUCAUUAACAGGCCAUCUGAUUUUGAAUUUCUCACUUAAUCUCUGUGAGAUCCAGCAUCCUUAUAUGUAAAAUGAGAUUAGACUAGGGCAGUGGUUCUCAAAGUGUGGUCUGGGUUAAGUUCUUGAGACCUUUUGAGGGUACUGAAGAUCAAAGCUGUUUCUGAAAUUCUAAGACAGGAUUUGCCUUUUUCACUCUCAUUCUUUCAUGAGUUUUCCCUACGCUACAUGAUGUGUGAUGUAUCAGAUUGAAUGCCAAAGUACAGACAUGAGAAUCCAGCUCUUCCACUAAACCAGACAUUAAUUUGCAAAAAUGUAAAACAAUAACACUCUUAUUUUUCUUUUGCUUUAGUAAAAUAAUGAUUUUUCAUAAAAGUUAUUUAUGUUAACAUGUGAUGGGGUUUUGUUAUUUGUAAAUGAAUAAAUAUAAAAUUCUUAAAAUGUCUUGGUUUUAAUUCUUAAUAUGAUAAAUAUCACUAGAUAAAAUGCUACAAAAACUCCUUGGGAUACCCAGUAAUUUUUAAGAGUAUAAAGGCGUUCAAAACAAAAAGUUGAAGAGCUGCUGGAUUAGACCGUAAGUUCACAUCCUUUUCUUUCAAGCCCACUUCUGUAAAAUUCCUUGCUUCUCCUGGAAGUAGUUACAUUUGAAUUUUUUCCUUUCAAGAGACUCAGGUACUAUUGUAAUACAUGCUACAAAAGAUUUCCAAUAACUAGAUAUCAUUUUUUAAGUUCUUAAAACUUAAAAA